CUUUCUCUGUCCUCGUGGUGAGUGCUUUACUCCGUUUCUCACCAUGUCUUCUCACAAGACUUUCAGGAUUAAGGGAUUCCUGGCCAAGAAACAAAAGCAAAAUCGUCCCAUUCCCCAGUGGAUUCGGAUGAAAACUGGUAAUGAAAUCAGGUACAACUCCACAAGGAGACACUGGAGAAGAACCAAGCUGGGUCUAUGAGGAAUUGCACGUGCAAUGGCACACAUAUUUAUGCUGUCUGAAGGUCACAAUGGUGUUACCAAAUCAAGCUGAGAAAUGUCACUGCUAUCUGGAGAAGUCUGAACAGUUUCCUCUCUGGAUCUGU